AUGUCUUACAACAAGCCUGAGAAGGACUUCGAGGGCCCCAAGAUCCACAAGAUCCGCAUCACCCUGACGUCCCGCAACGUCAAGUCUCUCGAGAAGGUCUGCGAGGAGCUCAUCGGCCGCGCCAAGACCAAGGACCUCCGCGUCAAGGGCCCCGUCCGCCUCCCCACCAAGAACCUCAAGGUCACCACCCGCAAGACCCCCUGCGGUGAGGGUUCCAAGACCUGGGAUACCUUUGAGAUGCGCAUCCACAAGCGUCUCAUUGACUUGAACGCCCCUACCGAGGUUGUCAAGCAGAUCAUCAUCAACAUCGAGGCUGGUGUCGAGGUCGAGGUUACGAUUGCUGCUUAAGUGCAGUGAUGUGUAAGACAUGACGGAUGGGUGGUGAGGAGGACGAAGGUGGAAGGGAUAUCGCGAUGUAGCGAAGAAUACAUGAAUGGGGUCAUUCCCUGCAAGUUGCACGCGUUUUGCUAAAGUGAUGUCUAUUGAAGUUAACAUUGACUUCUUCAGGUCGGAUUGAUUUCUUUCUCGGCAUACUGCACAAGGCGCCGACUCUCGCAGUAGCCAAUGAUAUACGACACUCACCGAAUAAAAGC